AUGGUCGAUCUUACCAACCCCCAGCGCGUGCUCGUGGCCACCCUCACCGCCGCCCUCGGCGUGAGCCCCGCCAUGUUCAACCAGCAGGAGGCCGGCCUGGCCCAGGCCAACGUCUCGGCGGCCGCCACCUCGGACUUCGACUUCUCCGUCUGCGCCAGCGGCACGUACAUCGCCGACUCGCAGAGGCUGCUGGCCUCCGGGCAGGGCUGCACCGCCCAGGCCUUCGAGACCCACCACAAGGCGGUGGUCUGCGCCACCAUGGCCCACGAGCUGACCCGCAAGACCAUGCACCGCGACGACGCGUACCCCCUGUGCUCGGAGCACCUGGCCCUCUAUGCGUCGAUGUGCCAGAAUGCCGGGCUCGCGGCGGCCAUCGACCUGAGCAAGUUCACCUGCCCGUCGAACUUCCCCGUCAACAAGGGGUCCUCCUUCCCGUCGGACGGCUGCCGUGACGACCAGCUGGAGAAGGUCGCCGAGGACAUGGAGAAGGUGUGCGCCGGGUACCUGGACUUCUCCGAUGACGACAGCGACGAGACCGGCGGCGCGCCCGACAUCGGCAAGCUGUGCAAGUUCCCGAAGAAGUGCGCGGACUUCUUCGGCAAGCACAUGCACUGCGCCGUCGAGCGCGGCGUCAUCGGCAACGAUGUGUCCAUGUUCUGCGGCGAGAACUCCCUCAUGGACUUCAUCGACCUGCUGUGCCCCAAGAACUCCGGCCUGCACUACCUCAUGAAGAAGAUCACCCCCUUCUGCGUGGACCCCAUCGAGAAGCACGACAUCAAGAUGGUGACCUUCGACCCGGAGUACCGCUUCAACAGCGCCACCGCCCUGACCGCCGCCGUGCCGGCCGCCGCCGCCGCCGUCGCCAUGGUCGCCGCCUACCUGCUGUGA